CAUCUCAAACAGAACAAAGCUGCUGAAGCAAUAAAGAUCCAUGUGACACGCUAUUAUAAAGAUGGCAUUUAUUAAAGAGGAGAGUGAAGACAUGAAGAUAGAAGAAGCAUUCAGAGUCAAACAAGAAGAUUUUGAGGAACAAACAGACCUGAUGGCAUUAAAAGAGGAGAGUCAAGAUCCCAAUGAAACCGAUGAGAAAGAUUUGCAUGAAAAACAAGAUUUCAUUACUGGAGAAAUUUCUUUUUGUUGUUCAAAAACUGAAAAGACGUCCUCUCAAAAAAGUGCUCAGAAGACUGGAAAUCUGAGUCAUUUAACUUGCAAACAGUGUGGAAAGAGUUUAAAAACAAGAGAAAACCUUAACAUUCAUUUGAGAACUCACACUGGAGAGAAGCCUUUUAUCUGCCACCAGUGUGGAAAGAGCUUCCCACGAAAAGAUAAUCUUAAGAUUCACAUGAGAAUUCACACUGGAGAGAGGCCUUACUCCUGCCAGCAGUGUGGAAAGAGCUUUCCACGAAAAGAUAAUCUUAAGAUUCACAUGAGAAUUCACACUGGAGAGAAGCCAUUUGUAUGUGGUCAAUGCGGAAAGUGUUUCCCACAUAAAGCAACUUUUUAUUCUCACAGGAGAAUUCACACUGGAGAGAAGCCUUACACCUGCCAACUGUGUGGAAAAACUGUAAAUCGAAAAGGAAAUCUUACGGCUCACAUGAGAGUUCACACUGGAGAGAAGCCUUUUGCAUGUGAUCAGUGUGGAAAGAGUUUCGUACGUAGGGAAGGCCUAAGUAAGCACAUGGAGAUUCACUCAACUGACAGCUGUUUUAUUUGCCCUCAGUGUGGAAGUACAUUCACAGACAAGAAACUCUUUAAGAGCCAUUUAAUAACUCACAUGGGACAGGAGCCUUUUAUGUGUCAUCACUGUGGAAAGACUUUCACGAAAAAAGCAAACCUCAAGACUCACAUGAAAAUUCACACUGGAGAGAAGCCUUUCACAUGUGAACAAUGUGGAAAGAGUUUCAGACAGAAAACAACCCUUUAUACCCACAUGAGAGUUCACACCACAGAGAGGCCUAUUCGAGUAUGUUUAGUCUAAGUUUAGGCUUUCGAAAUAGAUCCACAGAAGUGAAAAAUAAUUAAUCACCGGUUCAAACAGUUUGUCUAUUUAAAAAUGUAAUUCCACAAACAGUGCCACACAGGCCUCCUCUGACUCUCAUUGAGCCGUGUAGCAGCGGCAUGCUCUCUGUGGCCUGCGUCACACUCAUCUGAUUCACACAAGGCUGUGUUACGUGCUCUAAUAUUCCGAGUCGCACACAAAUGUGACUGAAAACUACUGUGUGCAACUGAAUGUUUUUUUAGGUGCACCAGUGCGACUGACCAGAGCAUAUUUGUGUUUGCGCUGAGGCGUGCUUUAUAGGUUUCUAAGUGUAUUUGCAGUGUUGAGAAAUGUUUCACAGACAUA